GCGGCGGCGGCAGCGCCCGCCGCCGGGACCCGCGCCCUCGGCGCCGAACCGCGCGGUACAGGGCAAUGUUAGACGAGACCGUCUCACCCAGCCUCACUGCCCACAGCGACCGCAGGGAACUGCAGACACUGAGCUGGCACGGCGCUGUGCCAGGCUCUUUGAGUGACCUCUCAGACGGAGCCCCCGUGUCCUCCCCAGCCAGCCCUCCCCAGCCAUGGCAGCCUAUGGGCAGACUCAGUACAGCGCCAGCAUCCAGCAGGCCCCGCCUUACGCAGCCUACCCACCUCCUGUACAAGCCUACGGGAUCCCUUCUUACAGCAUCAAGACAGAAGACAGCUUGAACCAUUCCCCUAGCCAGGGCAGCUUCCUCAGCUACGGCUCGAGCUUCAGCACCACGCCUGCCGGACAGGGCCCGUACGCCUACCAGAUGCACGGCACGGCAGGGCUUUAUCAAGGCACCAACGGGCUCGGCAAUGCAGCUGGAUUCGGGGGCAUGCACCAGGACUAUCCCUCCUACCCCAGCUUCGCUCAGAGCCAGCACCCCCAGUAUUACAGUGCGUCCUACAACGCCCCCUAUGUCCCUGCCAGCAGCAUCUGCCCAUCACCCCUCUCCACGUCCACCUAUGUCCUCCAGGAUGCUCCUCACAGUGUCCCCAGCCAGGGAUCCGAGCCGCUGGCAGGUGAAUUCAACACCCACCACGUACCUUCCACACCCCCAAAGGAGGGAGAUCCUGACAGGCCACCUCGGGCCUCCGACGGGAAGCUCCGGGGCCGCUCCAAGAGGAGCAGUGACCCCUCCCCAGCGGGGGACAGUGAGAUCGAGCGUGUGUUUGUGUGGGACUUGGACGAGACAAUAAUUAUUUUUCACUCUUUACUCACGGGGACGUUUGCAUCCAGAUACGGGAAGGACACCACCACGUCUGUGCGUAUCGGCCUCAUGAUGGAAGAGAUGAUCUUCAACCUGGCAGACACGCACCUGUUCUUCAAUGACCUGGAGGAUUGUGACCAGAUCCACGUAGAUGAUGUCUCAUCUGAUGACAAUGGCCAAGAUUUAAGCACUUACAACUUCUCCACGGACGGCUUUCACAGCACGGCGCCGGGGGCGGGCCUGUGCCUGGGCGCGGGCGUGCAUGGCGGCGUGGACUGGAUGAGGAAGCUGGCCUUCCGCUACCGGCGCGUGAAGGAGAUGUACAACACCUACCGCAACAACGUGGGUGGCUUGAUUGGCGCUCCCAAGAGAGAGACGUGGCUGCAGCUGCGGGCGGAGCUGGAGGCUCUUACAGACCUGUGGCUAACGCACUCCCUGAAGGCGCUGACCCUCAUCAACUCCAGGCCCAACUGUGUCAAUGUCCUGGUCACCACCACACAGCUCAUUCCCGCCCUGGCCAAGGUCCUGCUGUACGGCUUGGGCUCUGUGUUUCCCAUCGAGAAUAUCUACAGCGCCACCAAGACAGGGAAGGAGAGCUGCUUCGAGAGGAUCAUACAGAGGUUCGGCCGCAAAGCCGUCUACAUCGUCAUCGGCGAUGGGGUGGAAGAGGAACAAGGGGCAAAGAAGCACAACAUGCCUUUCUGGCGGGUGUCCUGCCACGCUGACCUGGAGGCCCUGCGCCACGCGCUGGAACUGGAGUAUUUAUAGCUGUGUCGCGGGCUCCACCUGCUGUCCUCUGGUCUAGGAUCCUCGUCCCUCCUGCCUCCCCACGACUGCCCCAGACACCUGGACACAGGACACCUGGCCGCCUCUGCCCUCGGGGACAAGUCCACCAGUCAUCUCAGAAGUGCCCGCCCGCUCGGUUCAAGCUGGCAUCUGAAGGAGCAGAGUGCCAGGGAAUGCGGCCUGGGGAACCAGAUCCUGCCCCAAGACUCAGCCAGUCGGCCCUGGAGGCUGGUGGGACGGAGGUGGGGGGGGGGGGGGUUGUUUCUUGUUUUAAUUUAUGGACGAAUCUCACGACUCUGUGUUAUGCCCUCAUACCUGUCUUGGUUUUCUUAGUGGUUGGUUUGGGUUUGGAACUGGCACGUGGGCAGCUCACAGUUCUCUGCGAGGCGCUUUGAGGGGCAGGCGGGGGAGGACAGUCACUCCUUGACUAUCAGUGAGGAAGGCAGUCAGGGGCUGCCGGGGAGACCCCUCCCUGCCAUGUCACGUGGACAGUAUUGGUGCCUUAUGCUGCCAUCUUGCUUUCUUGGAAGAGGGGAACACGGAAAGGAAGUGGAACUCUGACGGAUGAAAGGCAUAAAAUAAAACCACGUUUACAUUCUGAAGCUCAA